GAGAGGAGAGAAAGCUUCUUCUUCCGGACACUGAACAGUGAGCACCCAUCACCAGCCUCUGCCUGAACAAGAUGGGGAGCACUGUGAUUUUGAGCUCAGAUGAUGAAGAUUCAGAUAUUAGUGAAUCUGAAAUGGAUGAGUAUGGAGACAAAAUGUACUUAAAUCUUAAAGGUGGGAAGCUCAAAGUGAGACUCUCUCCUCAAACUUUUGUCUGUCCUUAUUGUCCAAACAAGAAGAAACCUAGUUUUCAAUACAAAGAUCUCCUUCAACAUGCUGCUGGAGUUGGUAAUAGCAAUUCAGAUAAAAGAAGUUCAAAGGAGAAAGCAAGUCACCUUGCUCUUGUCAAAUACCUUCAACAGGAUCUUGCUGAUUCAGCUGUUGAAGCAGAGCCUUCAUCGAAGCGUCAGAAAAACGGAAACUCUAUUCAAGAUUGUGAUCAGGACGAGAAGCUCGUGUAUCCUUGGAAAGGUAUUGUGGUUAAUAUUCCAACUACAAAGGCACAAGAUGGUCGAUCUGCGGGUGAGAGUGGAUCGAAGCUAAGGGAUGAGUACAUUCUAAGAGGAUUUAACCCGACUAGAGUUCGUCCUUUAUGGAAUUACUGGGGACAUUCAGGAACAGCUAUUGUUGAGUUUAACAAAGAUUGGAAUGGACUUCACAAUGGUCUUUUGUUUGACAAGGCUUAUCGAGUAGACGGUCAUGGAAAGAAGGACUGGUUGAAAAAAGACUGUCCCAAGAUGGGUCUUUACGCGUGGAUUGCUCGUGCUGAUGAUUAUAACGGUAAUAAUAUUAUCGGAGAAAACUUGAGGAAGACGGGUGAUCUCAAAACUAUAGCUGAGCUUACAGAAGAAGAGGCGAGGAAACAGCAAAAGUUAGUGCAGAAUCUGACACAACUUGUAGAAGAAAAGAAGAAAGACAUGAAGCAGAUUGAGGAGCUGUGUUCAGUGAAGUCAAAGGAACUUAAUCAGUUGAUGGAAGAGAAGGAGAAGAAUGAACAAAAGCAUUACCGAGAGCUGAAUGCUAUACAAGAGAGAACAAUGAGUCACAUUCAAAAGAUAGUUGAUGAUCAUGAGAAAUUGAAGAGGCUGUUGGAGUCAGAGAAGAAGAAGCUCGAAAUCAAAGGUAAUGAGUUGGCAAAGCGCGAAGUGCACAAUGGAACCGAGAGAAAGAAAUUGACUGAAGAUCUUGAACAGAACGCAUCUAAGAAUAGUUCUCUUGAACUAGCAGCCAUGGAACAACAAAAGGCAGACGAGGAAGUUAAAAAACUUGCGGAAGACCAAAGGAGGCAAAAGGAGGAGCUUCAUGAGAAAAUCAUAAGACUAGAAAGACAAAGAGAUCAGAAACAAGCGAUUGAGCUAGAGGUUGAGCAGUUGAAAGGACAGCUUAAUGUGAUGAAGCACAUGGGAUCAGACGGCGAUGCUGAAAUUGUGAAAAAGGUGGAAAUCAUCUAUAAAGAUUUAGGUGAGAAGGAAGGAGAACUCGAAGACCUCGAUAAAUUUAACCAAACUCUUAUCCUUAGAGAGCGCAGGACCAACGAUGAGCUUCAAGAAGCUCGUAAAGAAUUGGUAAACAUUAUGAAAGAAUGGAAAACAACUAUCGGUGUUAAGAGAAUGGGAGAGCUCGUGACGAAACCGUUCGUGGAUGCAAUGCAGCAGAAGUAUUGUCAGCAAGAUGUGGAGGACAGAGCAGUUGAAGUUCUCCAACUUUGGGAAGACUAUCUCAAAGAUCCAGAUUGGCAUCCAUACAAGCGGAUCAAGCUCGAAAAUCAAGAUAGAGAAGUGGAAGUGAUAGAUGAUACAGACGAAAAGCUGAGGGAGCUAAAGGCAGAUUUGGGAGAUGGUCCAUACAAUGCAGUCACGAAAGCUUUGUUGGAGAUAAACGAGUAUAACCCGAGUGGAAGGUAUAUUACAACAGAGCUAUGGAACUUAAAAGAAGAUAGGAAGGCUACACUUGAAGAAGGUGUCACUUGUUUACUUGAUCAAUGGGAAAAGGCCAAACGCAAGCGCGGAAUGGCUUAAAGCUGCAAGAGGACAGACAUGGGACUGAAUAAAAAGCCAUUGCGGUUUUAAGUUGCAGAGCAAUGUGUUUGGUUUGAUCAAACUUUGGUGGAUUCUGUUUGUUUUUCUUCUCAGAACUUAGGUGAAUAAUGGACACAACUUUGAUGUCUUGCAUCGAUGUUUCAUUGUAACAUUUGUAGGAGUAUGAUCUCACUGGACAAUGAGUAAUAAAAUGUAACAUAAUAU